AUGCGGCUCCAGGCGGCCCUUUUUCUCGCAUGCCUAUCGCCCGCGGCAGCCAUCUACCCCGAUGAAAUCAACCACGUCGACUUCCACCACGCCCUCCUCGGUGCCCCCUCCGCCGACUCGACCUUUUUCCUCAAGCCAUCACCCUCCUCAAAUGCCUCCCUCCUCUAUACCUUAUCGGACAAGCUGAUUGUGGGCGCUGUGAACCCCCGCGACGGUGCGCUGGUAUGGCGCCAGAACGUCUCGCGGUCGGCGAACUCCCCUGCGAAUGCCGGACUCUUGCGCGGACUGGAUGGCAACGAUGCCCUUGUUGGUGCUGCAGGUAGCUAUAUUUCAUCCUGGAGCGCCCAGGACGGCAAGUUGGGCUGGGAAAACUGGGUCUCUGGGGGUGUGGUCGCCGAUCUGGAGCUGUUGGAGCUUGAGGAUGCUACCGCGUCCUCUGGACUACGCGAUACAGUUGCUGUGAUCAACAGCGAGGGAACUGGAAUCGUGAAGCGCCUGAAUGGUAACAAUGGAAGGACUGUGUGGGAAUACAAGGACGCCAGUGGUGACGUUCCGUUCCAAGUCUCGUCCUCGUCCACGGAGAUCUUCUAUGUUUCACUUCAAUCGGCUUUGCUGAAAGGGUUCAAGAUCAAGGUCACUGCCUUGGAUCCAUUGAGCGGCCAAGUGACUCGCCAACAGAUUCUGAACUCCGAGGCCGAUGUGGGUACUCCGGAGUCCGUCAUCUACGUGGGCGCCAAUUCGGCCUCCCCCAUCAUCGUCUGGACCGACAAAGCCCAAAAAACGCUGAAGGUCAAUGUUAUUGGCACCAAGGAGGUCACCUCUAUCGCCAUCGACAAUACGUCCGGAUCCGAUAUUCGGCAGAUCACGGUUCACGCUCCCCACAAGCUUAACGCUCUGCCCCAUUUCUUGGUCCACUAUGCGACUGAGACUGGAGCCUGGGCUGAGGUCUGCCACGUGGAUUUGAUGUCCGGCAAGGUGACCAAGGUUUACCAGCUGCCUUACCUUCCCGGGCAAUCGGCAGUCGCGGCCAGUGUUAUUGAUGCGAAUGUCUAUUUCACUCGAAUCACCGAUUCGGAAGCUCUUGUUGUCUCCUCCGCCUCUCAUGGGAUUUUGGGACGAUGGGAUCUGCAGAAGCCUUCUUCUGAUAGCGCCCUUCACUCGGUUUCCGAGGUGGUCGCCAAAGGAAAGUCCGUGGCUGUUAGGUCAGCACUUUUCCGGAAGCACGGAGAUUGGCAAUUAAUCCGAAACGGCCAGGUCGAGUGGACUCGUCAUGAGGGUCUGAUUGAUGCUGUCGCAGCUACCUGGGCGGAGUCUGCUGUCCAAGAGGAUCUGGCUCACGAGCUGGAGGUUGAGGGCCAUGAGACCGUGAUUGGCGCAUACCUUCAUCGGGUUAAGCGUCAUGCUCGGGACUUGCAAUACCUGCCUGACUGGCUGAAGGACCUUCCUAAGCGCAUCCUGAGCAGUAUUUUGACCGAUGAAGUGUCUAACCUGGACAGCUUUGGAGUGGCCAAACCAGUUCUUGUCGCCACUAAGAACGGUCGUGUGUACGCCUUGGAUACCGGCAACCACGGUGCCGUUUCAUGGGGCAUUCAGGCAGUAGAGACGUCAAACUGGGCAGUAAAGGCUAUCUUGGCUUCGCCAGGCGCCGCCACUAUCUACUCCGACGACGGAAGCUCCGUGACCGUGGAUGUCUCGACAGGAGAAAUCAUCGCCCGUGUUGAACCCUCGAGCAGCAAACUCCUCGCAAUUGCUGUCCUUGGGGCCCAGGAUGGAAGUAAGCUGGCUACGGUUGGUGUCAACGCAGAUGGUUCCCCGGCCACUUCAUUUGCCGAUGAAGAUGGAUUUUUGGUAACCACGAGCGCCGAUGGACGAGUCCUCGGCUGGAUUGCAAAGGACAACAAGAUCCCUGUCUGGGAGUUUGUUCCUCCCUCCGGAGAGAAGCUCGUCAAGGCGACCGCUCGCCCUGCCCAUGAUCCCGUUGCCUCUAUCGGCAAAGUGCUCGGAAACCGCUCGGUCCUGUAUAAGUACUUGAACCCUAACAUGGCCCUGGUGACCGCAGUGAACGAGGAGACCCACACCGCCAGCUUCUACCUGUUGGAUGGAGUUUCAGGCAAGGUCCUGCACGCAACCACUCAAGCCGGCGUGGAUUCCACGCAGCCCAUCGCUUCCGCGAUGUCCGAGAACUGGUUCGCCUACUCAUUCUUUGGCGAUGUCAGCGGCCGCGAGUCCUCCGCCAAGGGAUACCAGCUGGUCAUCUCCGAGCUCUACGAAUCCCCCUCCCCAACGACCGUGGUCCUCUCGACUCCGCCAGCCUUCAUGAUCCCCGAGCCCAUCUCCCACAUGGCCGUCACCCAAACUCGCCAGGGCAUCACUACCCGCCUGCUCCUCUGCACUCUUCCCUCCUCCAACUCCAUAGUCGGCAUCCCCCGUCCCGUCCUGGACCCCCGUCGACCUGUCGACCGUGACCCCACCGCCGCGGAGGCUGAAGAAGGCCUGUUCCGCUAUGCGCCUUACCUCGACUUUGACGGCAAAUGGUACCUCUCGCACACCCGCGAUGUUGCGGGCAUCAAGGAUGUGCUUUCAAGUCCUACUUUGUUGGAAAGUACUAGUCUUAUUUUCGCCUAUGGAAGCGAUAUUUUCGGCACCCGCGCUACGCCCAGCCAGGCAUUUGAUAUCCUCGGCAAGAACUUCUCGAAGCUCCAGCUUGUUCUCACUGUAGUAGCACUGGGAGCAGGUGUCGCUGUUUUGGCUCCAAUGACCCGGAGGAAGCAGGUUAAUGCUUUGUGGAAGAUUUGA